GCUGGAAGGGAGGCUUCCUAAGAUGGUCGCUCCGGGUGUCAGGGCCCUAGGCAGCUCCACUUCACCCACAAUCUUUGAGAUACCGGGGGGACGCAGUCAGCGAAAAGCGAGCCCGAGCUGGGCCAGGUUUGCUGGGAGACCAGGCGCGAUGGAGACCGGAGAAGGAAAGGAACUCUUUCUGAAACAAAGGCAAGUCUUGAUAUUCUUUGUUUUGCUGGGCGUAGCUCAGGCUGGUUCGGAGCCUAGACACUACUCAGUGGCCGAGGAAAUGGAGAGUGGCUCCUUUGUGGCCAAUUUGUUAAAAGACCUAGGGUUAGAGGUAGAGGAGCUAGCUGCGCGGGGGGCCCGGGUCAUUAACAAAGGGAAAAAAAUGCAUUUACAGCUUGAUAGGCACACCGGAGAUUUGUUAUUAAAUGAGAAACUGGACCGAGAGGAGCUGUGCGGCCCUACGGAGCCCUGCAUACUACCUUAGGUGUUACUGGAAAAUCCCUUGCAGUUUUAGGCUGAGCUACAGAUUAGGGACAUAAAUGACCAUCCCCCGGUUUUCCUAGAUCAAGAAAUAAUUUUGAAAAUUUCAGAAAGUAUCACUCCCGGAACUACUUUCUUAAUAGAACGUGCCCAGGACUUGGAUGUAGGAAGUAACACUCUCCAAAGUUACAUAAUCAGCCCCAAUUCCCACUUUCAUCUUAAAUUACAAGACAGUCCUGACGGCAUAAUACCACAGUUGGUGCUGGACAAACCACUAGAUCGGGAGGAACAGUCAGAGAUCAGGUUAACCCUCACGGCGCUGGAUGGCGGGACUCCACCUAGGUCUGGUGCCGCCCUGGUCCGCAUUGAAGUCUUGGACAGCAAUGAUAAUGCCCCACAGUUUGCAAAGCUACUCUACGAAGUGCAGGUCCUAGAAAACAGUCCCAUUGGAUCCCAGGUUGCCAUUGUCUCUGCCAGGGAUUUAGACAUCGGUGUCAAUGGGGAAAUAUCUUAUGCCUUUUCCCAAGCCUCUGAAGACAUUCGCAAAACUUUUCGAAUAAAUGCAAAAUCGGGAGAACUCCUUCUAACAAAGAACCUGGAUUUUGAAUCCAUCCAGACUUACACAUUCAAUAUUCAGGCAACAGAUGGCGGGGGCCUUUCUGGAAGUUGUGCAGUCUUUGUGCAAGUGUUGGAUUUGAAUGACAACCCCCCGGAAUUGACCGUGUCAACACUUAACAAUGAGAUAGAAAACUUGCAAGAGACCAUAAUUGCUGUAUUCAGUGUUUCAGAUCCUGACUCCGGGGACAAAGGAAGGAUGGUCUGUUCCAUCCAAGAUGAUCUUCCUUUCGUCCUUAAACCCUCUGUAGAGAAUUUUUACACCCUAGUGACAAAUACAGCGCUGGACCGAGAGCUAACAUCGGAGUACAACAUCACGAUCACGGUCACGGACUUGGGGACCCCCAGGCUGAGGACCCAGCACCACAUCACCGUGCUGGUGUCCGACGUGAACGACAACGCCCCCGCCUUCAGCCAGAGCGCCUACACGCUGCUGGUGCGCGAGAACAACAGCCCCGCGCUGCACAUCGGCAGCGUGCGCGCCACCGACGCCGACGCGGGCUCCAACGCGCAGCUCACCUACUCGCUGCUGCCCGCCGGCCGCGCGCACCCGCCGCCCGCCGCGCUCGUGGCCGUCAACGCCGACACCGGCCAGCUGUUCGCGCUGCGCUCGCUCGACUACGAGGCGCUGCGCGCCUUCGACUUCCUGGUGGGCGCCACGGACCGCGGCUCGCCCGCGCUCAGCGGCCAGGCGCGGGUGCGCGUCGUGGUGCAGGACGCCAACGACAACGCGCCCUCCGUGCUCUACCCGCCGCCCAACGCCUCGGCGCCCUGCCCCGAGCUGGUGCCGCGCGCGGCCGACGCGGGCUACCUGGUCACCAAGGUGGUGGCGGUGGACGGCGACGCGGGCCAGAACGCCUGGCUGUCGUUCCAGCUGCUCAGGGCCACGGAGCCCGGGCUGUUCGGCGUGUGGGCGCACAACGGCGAGGUGCGCACCGCCAGGCCGCUGGGCGAGCGCGACGCGCCCAAGCACCGGCUGGUCGUGCUGGUCAAGGACAACGGCGAGCCGCCGCUGUCGGCCAGCGUCACGCUGCACGUGCUGCUGGUCGACGGCUUCUCGCAGCCCUACCUGCCGCCGCCCGACGCGCCGCCGCCCGCCGCGCAGGCCGACCGCCUCACCGCGUCCCUGGUGGUGGCGCUGGCCGCCGUGUCGUCGCUCUUCCUCCUGUGCGCGCUCGCCUUCGCGGCCGCGCGCCUGUGCGGGAGGCGCGGGGCCGGCGCGCGCGCGGGCUCGCUGGGGCCCGACGGCCCCUUCCCGGGCCGCCUGGUGGACGUGGGCGGCGCCGGGACGCUGUCCCACAGCUACCAGUAUGAGGUGUGCCUGACGGGGGGCUCAGGGACCAACGAGUUCAAGUUCCUCAAACCCAUUCUCCCCAACUUCCUUGCUCAGGGUGAGGAGAGUGUUCAUGAAGCAAACCCGUUUCAGGGGUAGGUUUGAAGUCAAUCAAUGAUAAAUAUUAAAGGAUCGAUUGAAUUUACACUAGAUAAAUUUAUCUUUUAAUGAUGGUUUCAAUUAAGUAUAUUUAAGGGAAUGCUUAUUAAAAUCUAUAUCCAAUUCAAUAUAGAGUAUCAAACCACCAGUCUUAUAACUUUGUUGAAAGUAGUCAGGUACUUUUUUAAAAUAACACUCCUAAUGUAGCUUUGUGUGGGGUUAGUAAAGUUGGUGGAUAGAUAAGAAUGUGUAUGAUUUAAGAUGUACCAUGUUUUUAAGGGUAUACUGCUCAAAUGAAAGUAAUACACCUAAUUCAGAAUGACAUUCAAAAUUAUUUCAAUAUUGGGUCUCCCUGGUGGUACAGGGGUUAAAGUCUCAGAAUUUUCAACCUCUGGCCAGCCACUAUGGCAAAAGUUUGAUCCCCAGCCCUGGAGUUGACCUACUUGGCUCAGCAGUCCUCUCCUGUUUCACCAGCUGCUCCCCUCAGCAGUGUAUUUCAGUAGAUUCACCUGUUUUGCUCCCCACUCUGUGUCUGGUGAAUCCGCUCCACCCCUUUCCUCCCCACCUCUGACCCCAGUUCUUGUGCACAUAAAUAAUAAGUCUAAAAAAAAAACAACAUUUCAGGGCCUCUGUGGUGGCGCAGGCGGUUGAAUGCAGCUCUGUGAAGCUGUCCGCAGCCUCCGCAGCACUAGUUCCAUCCCGGCCUGCCGUGGAGCAACCCACAUGGCCCAGCAGACCUCUCCUGUCUCACCCGCUGCUCCCCUCAGCAGUGUAUUUCCGUCCUUCUGCCUGUUCUGUUCCCCGCUCUGUCUCUGGUGAAUCCUCUCACCCUCCCACACAUCUGGCCUGUACCUCAGCUCUUGUAUAAAUUAAAAAAAAUAAACAUUUCAGUUAUUGUCUAUUCUUACAUUGCCCAAAAAUGGACAAAAAUACAAGAUAGCUGGGCUAUCUUGCCUCUACCUUACCAGGGAGGAAUUAUAAAACUGCCACUUACUUUCCAGAGUACUCCUUGGUCUAAAAUGUAUUGUGAGGAUUGAGGGGGGGAAAAAUCAAAUCUAAGCAUUUUAAACAACCGAUUAUGGUUUUCCAUUUGGCAAAAAACAGUUUUGCAAGGCUUCUGGAAAAAGGCAAUUUGGUUUGUAAAUUGUGAGAUGUAAAUUUUCUCAACCUGAUGGGCAUUUUUUGAAAAUUUCAUGAAUAUGCAUGUAUAUAUGAUCUCUAAAUGCUGUAUGGUAAAAAUAAUGUCCCAUUAAAUCCCACUUUUUUUGCAAAAUAUUCUUGACAUUUAUAUAGUGAUGUCAGGGAAAUGUUUUCUCUAUUUCCUGUUUUGGUUCCUUCUUUAGAUUUCAACCUGACAUGAAUCAGGAUGAUAUAUAGUCCUUCUGGGAUAAGUACUGUCCAUCCACAUCAGCAUUCGGCCUCCUGUAGGAGAGACCAAUGUCAUUUGUGAAAGAAUAAACUAGCCAAAAGUAAAAAAGAAAAGUGGAAUACAACCAAAACAUCAACAUUUAUGACAAACGUAAUAGUUCCCAAUUAGCAAAGCUAAUUAGGAAAAAAUAAAAUUUCUCCUUAAAGGAAUUAUCUCAUACAGAUAGAACUUUCCAGAAAAUGACUCCUUGUAAAUUUGCAUUUCAAUGAGUGUGAAAUAUAGGUUUCAUUUGGAAGGUUAGCUGAUACUAAAUUUUAGUGUGCUUUCACCAUUGCUUGCUUUACAAUUUUUUUCAUUCAAACGGCCAUUUGAUGUGCUAAAACUUAUCUCUCUCUAUGGAAAAAAUACAAAAGUAACUCUUUUAUAAGAAUUUAAAUAAAAUCUACAAACCACCGAUAUUAUUUAGCUAUUGCUAAUAGGUUAAUAUUUUGAAAUAAUAUGUCAUUUGAACAUUUAAGGAACUAAAAAUGUUCAUUAAAAUCUAAUACCUACUUUACCAAUUUAUCUCUUAUCAAUUUAUCUCAUUAACAAUUAAUGUUAAUUCACCCUCUACUUAUCACCUUCAAUUUAUGCCCAAACAGCUCUCUGGCCAUCAUAAGUUUUCAAAACAUUUUCUCACUUAAAAAAAAUGAG